AUGGAAGCGGGACAAUACGUUUGUUCUCAUGAGAAGUGUGGUAAGAUCUUUUCCAGAAAAGAUUAUUUAAUAAGACAUCAAAUAAAUCAUCAGAAUAUAAGACCUUUUGCUUGUCAACAAUGUAAUUUACCUUUCACUAGGAGUGAUUUACUUGAAAAACAUUAUAAUUCGAAAUCUCAUCGAAAGAAGAAAGUUGAUCUCUUCAUACGACAUGAUGAAGAAGAAGACGAUACGAAGGAAUCACCUCCGAAAAGAACAAAAGUAAAUAAUCCCAUACCUGAAUUAAUCGAAAUUCAAUAUACUCCUCAAAGCAUUCAAAAUGAUUUACCAUCCACGUCAGUAGGUAACUAUUUAUGGUUAUUUGAAGAUCAAUUCGAUGAAUUUGAAUCAACCAUUGAAAACACCCCUGAUCUUACCCAACCUUCAUCUCAUACUUAUACUUCAUCACCAGAUCCAUCCAUCAACCAAGCCAAUUCUGAAAAAGUCGAAAUCAAUGAUCUUAGACGACAAGAAAUCAUUGAUUUAUUAAACUUGGAUCAAUUCGAUCAAUACAGUACCACCAGAUUGAACUAUUUCUUAGAUUUGUUCUGGGAUCGGUUCAGUCCUAUGUUCCCCUUCAUUCAUUAUGCCACCUUUUCACCACUGGAUGUUGAUAUUUAUUUAAUCACCAUCAUGAUCAAUAUCGGUAUGGCUCAUUCUCCUAUCAUAGAAGAAUAUGAACAUUCGAUCGAUAUGGCUAAAGUUUUCCGUCGUUUGAUAUUUGAUGCGGUAGGUGAUAGAGUAGUUUUACCAUUAUCACUAAUGCAAGCUCUUUUAUUACAUAAUUUUGAAUGUAAAUAUUAUGGUGAUAAAUUAACUUAUGAAAUGGCACAAUUAUUCCAUGGUACAAAUGUUAAUUUCUUAAGAUUCACUGGUUAUUUCGAUGAAUUACAAGAACCAAAUGUGAUUAGAUUAAGUUCAACUACGGAAUCUGAUGAUAAAGAAUACUAUAAACAAUGGCAUACUUGGAUUCAUUAUGAAUGUUGUAAAAGAACAGCUUAUUUCGCUUUUAUUUGUGAUUCUCAACAUGGAACUUUAUUCAAACAUCAAGCAUUAUCUGCAUUUGCUUUACAAUUGGAAUUACCCUGUACUGAUGCUGUAUGGAAUGCUAAUGAUCCUAAAAAAUUUCAAGAUGAAUAUUUCAAACAACCUCAUGGGUUAUUAUUCUCUCGACCUAAAUUGAAAUUCGAUACCAAUGAUCAAAAUUAUAAUUCAAUCGCCAGUGGUCCUUCAAUGCAAAUGGCAAAGGCAGGAGGUGAAUGGCCGAGUUUCCUUUGGAGUCUAAGAUCAAUGAUGUUGCCAUAUAAGGAAGAUCAAAAGGAGUAUUCCAUGGAUUGUUAUUCCCAAUUCUCAAGAUUCAUAAUCCUACAUGGUCUCGUAAGUAUAUGUUGGGAUAUGAGAUGGAGAGGGUUAUUUGAUUUAGGUAUCGUAUCAAAAAAGAAAUUAAAUGAUUUAUCAGGGAAAUUACAACGUUCAUUUACAAAUUGGAGAGGUUAUCUUGAUUUACAUAUUGCCAAUGCUAAUGAUUAUGCUAUUGGUAAUAAUCGGAAAUUAAAUUCAACAGUAGCAUUAAAUAAUUAUGGACUUUCCAUUAUGUUCUGGGCAAAUAUAACUUCAUUUCAAUUGGCUUUGGUAUCAUUAUAUGCUGAUACUGCGUCGAUCGUUAAGUUUGCUACUGAUUACCUCAUUACUAAUGAUAUUGAUUUUAAAGGUCCGAGUAGGAAUUAUCAAUUGAUUGAAUCUUGGGCAAGAUCGCCCAAUGGGAAAUCAUCAGUUUAUGAAGCAUCUAGAUUUAUAAGAAUCUUAUUAAGUAACGAUAGUGAUACCAUAUCCUCCAUCCCUCACAUUCCAUGGACAUUAUUCAUAUCAUGUCUUGUGAUUUGGAGUUUUGAAGUUAAGAGAGAUUGUCCUGAUGGUUUACAAAGUCGUGGUUCGAUGCAGUUAUCAUAUUUUAAAUAUACCAUGAAACCAAAUGAUAGUUUAGAUGAGCAGGUCUCACAUAAAGAUGCUACGGAAUAUGUGUCGAUGAUUCUUGAUGAAUCAGAUGAGUUUAUAGAGACUUCUGAAGUAUUUUGGAAACGUCAACAAUUAGUAGUGGGUAUUUUGGCUUAUGGAUUGAUUUAUUUCAGAAAAAUUAAAUGGAGAUAUACGAGUGAGUUGACAAAAACAUUAAUUGGGAUAUUAGAAAAACAGCAAGGUAAUUAUUAA